UCAAAAAUUCCCAAAUUGAAAAACCCUCAUUCGAGAAUCGCGCCACCGUCGCUUUUCGUAACAAAACAUUCAUUUCACUUCGCUUUCUCUCACUUCCCCCUUAUAUCUGUGCUGUAGCUACAGAAUUCACAGCGCGCGACUCCAGAAACCGCGACAAAGAGUUGAGAUGGAGAACGCCGCUAAACUACCAAAUGGAGAACGCCGCCAAACCACCAUCAAGCUCUGGCCCCCUAGUGAAAACACUCGGGUGAUGCUAGUUGAGCGGAUGACGAAUAAUCUCUCCACACCAACAAUUUUCACCAGGAAGUAUGGCAGUCUCGGUCAACCGGAGGCUUCAAAAUAUGCUAAACAAAUUGAGGAAUCAGCAUUUUCUUCAGCAAAUCAGCACUAUGAACAAGAGCCUGAUGGUGAUGGAAGUGCUGCUGUGCAGUUGUAUGCCAAAGAAUGCAGUAAGCUGAUACUAGAAGUUCUUAAGGGGGGUGCCAAACCAGAGGAAAAAGAAGCAUUAAACUCCGAGGUUGAAUCUGCUCCUCGUGAGACCUUUUUUGAUAUUUCCAAAGGCCAACGAGCAUUUAUUGAAGCAGAUGAGGCCCAAGUACUGUUGAAUCCGUUAAAAGAGCCUGGAAAUCAUUACACUAAAAUAUGCUUUAGCAAUCGAAGCUUUGGUCUAGGUGCUGCUAAUGUUGCUGGACCAAACCUGGCUUCCAUUAAGAACCAACUCAAGGAAGUAGAUCUAUCAGAUUUUGUCGCCGGAAGACCAGAGGCUGAAGCUCUUGAUGUUAUGAAUAUCUUCUCUGAAGCUCUGGAGGGUUCUCAAUUAAAAUAUCUGAAUAUCUCUGACAAUGCCUUGGGUGAGAAGGGAGUAAGGGCAUUUGGAAAGUUAUUACGAUCUCAAACUAGCUUGGAAGAACUUUACCUGAUGAAUGAUGGAAUUUCAAAGGAAGCUGCACAAGCUGUUUGUGAGUUGGUACCUUCGACAGAUGUGCUUAAAGUACUUCAUUUUCAUAAUAACAUGACAGGAGAUGAGGGGGCUAUUUCUAUUUCCGAAAUUCUAAAGCGUUGCCCUUUAUUGGAGGAUUUUAGAUGCUCAUCCACCCGAGUUGGUUCCGAGGGGGGGAUUGCCUUGACUGAACUACUUGCACAAUGUAGGAAUCUGAAGAAACUGGAUCUUCGGGACAACAUGUUUGGUGUAGAGGCUGGUGUCAAGCUGAGUGAGGCUCUCAAGAAACAUGAGAAUCUCACCGAGAUUUACUUGAGCUACUUGAAUCUGGAAGAUGAUGGAGCAGUAGCAAUAGCUAAUACUCUCAAGGAGUCAGCACCUUCACUUGCGGUGUUGGAGAUGGCUGGAAAUGAUAUAACUGCUGAAGCUGCUACAAGCUUAGCUGCUUGCAUUGCUAGUAAGAAGUCUCUGGUGAAGUUGAACCUGUCAGAGAAUGAUCUUAAGGACGACGGUGCAAUUCAGAUAAGCAAAGCAUUCGGAGAAGGCCAUGAUCAGCUCAAGGAAGUUGAUAUGAGCCAGAAUUCUUUAACAACCACAGCUAGGAAGUUGGCUCAGGUGUUGGUGCAUUUGCCUGAAUUUAAGCUCCUAAACGUAAAUGGGAACUUCAUUUCUGAGGAAGAUAUUAAUGAGUUGAGGAGUAUCUUUAAAGAAUGCCAGGAAAAACUUGGACCCUUGGAUGAGAACGACCCUGAGGGUAAUGAUUAUGAUGAUAAGGUGGGUGAUGAUCAAGAUGAAGGCAGCCAGGAUGAAUUGGAAGAGAAACUCAAAAGGCUUGAUGUCAAUCAAGAAAACUAGAAGAAGGUAUUCUUGCAGUCCUCAUGCAGAGUACCAAUCAUUAGUUGUAGUUUAUUAUCUUUUGCGGGCGUGCUAGAUUUGAACAGGAGAUGGGGCUGAUUCUUGAUGAAGCCAUGCCUGCUCACCAUUAAGAGUUUGUGUUUAGUGGGACCUUUUUUCCCCUUAAUCUGCUUUAGAUUAUUUAGCAUUAUGUAUCAGCUGAAGGUACUUUUGGUAAUCUUAUUUUUCGACUUGGCCUGUAGACUUGUAACUUUUGGUACCCCAUGCUAGGAUCAUUUUAUGCUUUUUCAAUAAUAUUUACUUUCUUUUGAA